UGGCGGCGGUGCAGCGGCCGCUGCCCCGGGGCUGGCAGGUUUCGGGGAUACUGGGCUGAGGCGGCCGGCGGCAGCUGAGGCCCGGACCCCGAACGCGGGGCCUCGAGCGGAGAAAGGGUAGCGAGUGGGGCAUAGGGCGAGCGAUCCUUCGGGUAGUGGGCCGGCGGCGUUCAGGGCGGUGGGGCCGGGGCCGAGUUCGUGUCUGGCCCGAUCGUUGUCGCUGGCCUUCGUGAUCCGGGCAUCCUCUCUCCUCAGCCCUCUCCGUCUCUUUUCAUCCUUGAGGCGAUAGGCCUGUAGUAUCGGACUAAUGCUGGGCGAAAAGAACUUGUUAUUUUGGUUGUUGGUGCCGAGGAAAGACGCUGGGCGUCGGGAGUCACCCAAACUGGAGUUCGAAUCCUAGUCCCUCGCUGUGUGACCUUGGGAAGCACAAGCUCCUUUGACGCAAGAUGCUGUCCUCCACUGAGUGUCCUGUGGAAGAUCACUAAUGGGUUUGUGCCAGCUAGCAAACAUGUUCACAGUAUCUCAGACCUCACGAGCGUGGUUCAUCGAUAGAGCCCGGCAGGCCCGAGAAGAGCGGCUGGUGCAGAAGGAGCGGGAGCGUGCGGCUGUGGAGAUUCAGGCCCACGUGCGCAGUUUCUUGUGUCGGCGAAGCCUGCACAGAGAUAUUAGGAGAGAGAUUGAUGAGUUUUUUAAAGCAGAUGACUCUGGAUCCAGUAAAAGAAGUGCACUUUGUAUUUUUAAGACUGCCAGAAAACUGCUGUUCAUAUUCAGAAUCAAAGAAGAUAAUGAGCGGUUCGAGAAGUUGUGUCGCUGCAUCCUCAGCAGCAUGGAUGCUGAGAGUGAGCCUAAGGUGUGGUACGUGUCCCUGGCUCUCUCCAAGGACCUCACUCUCCUGUGGAUUAAACAGAUCAAGGACAUUCUGUGGUACUGCUGUCAAUUUCUUGAGCAGCUCAAGCCUGAAAUCCUACAAGACUCCAGACUCAUCACCCUGUACCUCACGAUGCUCGUCACCUUCACAGACACUUCAACAUGGAAAAUUCUCCGGGGCAAAGUUCUGAGUGCACCCGGGUUCCUGUCUCAACGAGUUCAUCUAUCUGUGUCCAGCCCUGUGACUGCUGCACAAUUUUCAGACAAUCUGCUCCGGCCCUUUCUCAUUCAUAUCAUGUCGGUGCCUGCCCUCGUGACUCAUCUUGGCACAGUGACCCCAGAGCGCCUCACUGUCUUAGAAUCUCAUGACAUGCUACGGAAAUUCAUCGUGUUCUUAAGAGAUGAAGAGCGAUGCCGGGACGUGUGUGAGACGUUGGAAGGCUGCCACACGCUCUGUCUGACUGGCAACCUCCUACAGCUGGGCUCCCUCAACCCCAGAGUGUUAGAAGAGGAAACAGACGGGUUUGUGAGCCUGCUCACCCAGAUGCUGUGCUACUGUCAGAAGUAUGUGUCCCAGAAGAAGUCCAACCUGACCCACUGGCAUCCAGUCCUCGGCUGGUUCUCCCAGUCUGUGGACUAUGGCCUCAAUGAGUCCAUGUACUUGAUCACCAAACAGCUGCAGUUCCUGUGGGGGGUGCCUCUCAUCCGCAUCUUCUUCAAUGACAUCCUCAGCAGGAAGCUACUGGAACACCCAGAGCCAGCCCCCGCUCAGCCGGCGUCCCCCCAGAACGUGCUCCCCAUGAAGAGUCUCCUCAAGCGUGCAUUCCAGAAGUCUGCGUCGGUUCGGAAUAUUCUAAGGCCAGUAGGGGGCAGACGUGUAGACUCUGCGGAGGUGCAGAAAGUGUGCAACAUCUGUGUCCUCUACCAGACCUCCCUGACCACGCUCACCCAGAUCCGCCUGCAGAUCCUCACAGGUCUCACUUACCUUGAUGACCUGCUGCCCAAACUGUGGGCAUUUAUCUGUGAGCUGGGGCCCCAUGGAGGGUUAAAGCUCUUCUUGGAAUGCCUGAACAACGACACCGGAGAGUCCAAGCAGCUCUUGUCCAUGCUGAUGCUGUUCUGUGAUUGUUCCCGACACCUCAUCACGAUCCUUGAUGACAUUGAAGUUUAUGAAGAACAAAUUUCCUUCAAACUGGAAGAGCUGGUCACCAUCUCCUCUUUUCUGAAUUCCUUUGUGUUUAAGAUGAUCUGGGAUGGAAUCGUAGAGAAUGCCAAGGGUGAGACCUUGGAGCUGUUCCAGUCUGUCCACGGGUGGCUGAUGGUGCUGUAUGAGCGGGACUGCCGGCGGCGCUUCGCCCCCGAAGACCAUUGGCUGCGAAAGGAUCUCAAGCCCAGCGUGCUCUUCCAGGAACUCGACAAAGACCGGAAACGGGCACAGCUCAUCCUACAGCAUAUCCCUCAUGUCAUUCCACAUAAAAACAGAGUUCUCUUGUUCCGAAACAUGGUUACCAAGGAGAAGGAGAAGCUGGGGCUUGUGGAAACGAGCUCUGCCUCCCCUCACGUCACUCAUAUCACCAUCCGAAGGUCCCGGAUGUUGGAGGACGGCUAUGAACAGCUUCGGCAGCUUUCCCAGCACGCCAUGAAGGGCGUGAUCCGUGUGAAGUUUGUCAAUGACCUUGGUGUAGACGAGGCUGGAAUCGACCAGGAUGGCGUGUUCAAGGAGUUCUUGGAGGAAAUUAUCAAGAGGGUGUUCGACCCAGCACUCAACCUGUUCAAGACAACCAGUGGGGAUGAGCGGCUGUACCCCUCCCCCACAUCCUACAUCCACGAGAAUUACCUGCAGCUCUUCGAGUUCGUGGGGAAGAUGCUGGGGAAGGCUGUGUAUGAGGGGAUUGUGGUGGACGUGCCCUUCGCUUCCUUCUUCCUGAGCCAGCUGCUCGGGCACCACCACAGCAUCUUCUACAGCUCCGUGGAUGAACUUCCUUCUCUUGACUCGGAGUUCUAUAAAAACCUCACCUCCAUUAAGCGCUACGAUGGGGACGUCGCAGACCUUGGCCUCACGCUGUCGUAUGACGAGGAUGUCAUGGGUCAGCUUGUCUGCCACGAACUGAUUCCUGGAGGGAAGACCAUUCCUGUUACAAAUGAAAACAAAAUUAGCUACAUCCACCUGAUGGCACACUUUCGAAUGCACACUCAAAUCAAAAACCAGACGGCUGCCCUCAUCAGCGGGUUCCGUUCCAUCAUCAAGCCUGAGUGGAUCCGGAUGUUCUCCACCCCGGAGCUGCAGCGGCUCAUCUCUGGAGACAACGCCGAGAUCGAUCUGGAAGAUCUGAAGAAGCACACCGUGUACUAUGGCGGCUUUCAUGGAAGUCACCGGGUCAUCAUCUGGCUCUGGGAUAUUCUGGCCUCCGACUUCACGCCUGAUGAGAGAGCCAUGUUUCUGAAGUUCGUGACCAGCUGCUCCAGGCCCCCGCUCCUGGGAUUCGCCUACCUCAAGCCUCCGUUCUCCAUUCGCUGUGUGGAAGUGUCGGACGAUCAGGACACUGGAGACACCCUAGGCAGUGUCCUCCGGGGCUUCUUCACCAUCCGAAAGCGAGAGCCAGGCGGCCGGCUGCCCACCUCUUCCACUUGCUUCAACCUGCUCAAACUGCCCAACUACAGCAAGAAGAGCGCCCUCCGCGACAAGCUGCGCUACGCCAUCAGCAUGAACACGGGCUUCGAGCUGUCCUAGCCCCGCCCACCCAGCACCGUCCUCUCCAGGGAAUGUGACCGGCGCACCGGGCGGCACUGGUCCCCACGUCCUCUCCCCAGCCGUGAGUCUCCCGUGGCCGAGAUCCUCAGGCACGAGGCCUCCAGGAAACAGGACUGGGAAGGGACUGCUGAAAAUAAACUUCCCAUUCCA